UCUCACAGCCCUUCACACAGCCCUUCACACAGCCCUUCACACAGCCCUUCACACAGCCCUUCACACAGCCCUUCUCACAGCCCUUCUCACAGCCCUUCUCACAGCCCUUCACACAGCCCUUCACACAGCCCUUCUCGCAGCCCUUCACGCAGCCCUUCACGCAGCCCUUCACGCAGCCCUUCACGCAGCCCUUCACACAGCCCUUCACACAGCCCUUCUCACAGCCCUUCACACAGCCCUUCACACAGCCCUUCACACAGCCCUUCACACAGCCCUUCACACAGCCCUUCACACAGCCCUUCACACAGCCCUUCUCACAGCCCUUCACACAGCCCUUCACACAGCCCUUCACACAGCCCUUCACACAGCCCUUCUCACAGCCCUUCACACAGCCCUUCACACAGCCCUUCACACAGCCCUUCACACAGCCCUUCACACAGCCCUUCACACAGCCCUUCACACAGCCCUUCACACAGCCCUUCA